AAACGAGUUUGAUCGAGUUCUUUUUCUCAAGUUGUUUAUUGUAAUUACAACAAGAGAAAAAGAACUCUGUUCACAAAAAAAAAAAAUGGCCGGAGGGUUUGUAGCAACAACACAAAAAUGUGCAGUUUGUGAUAAAACUGUAUAUUUGGUUGAUAAGCUAGCAGCCAAUCAACGUAUUUAUCACAAAGCCUGUUUCCGAUGCCAUCAUUGCAACCGUACCCUCAAGCUUAGCAACUUCAAUUCUUUCGACGGAGUGGUGUAUUGCAAGCCUCACUUCGAUCAACUCUUCAAGAGAACUGGCAGCUUGGAAAAGAGCUUUGACGGAACACCAAAGUUCAAGAUCGAAAAACCAGUUAACGCUGAGAAUGCAGCCAAGGUCUCAAAUUUAUUCGGGGGUACCAGAGAGAAAUGUGUUGGGUGUUCCAAGACCGUUUAUCCAACUGAAAGGGUUACUGUUAAUGGAUCUGCAUACCAUAGAAGCUGUUUCAAGUGCUGCCAUGGCGGGUGCACCAUAAGCCCUUCAAAUUACAUUGCUCAUGAGGGCAGGUUGUAUUGCAAGCAUCACCAUAUUCAACUCUUCAAGUCUAAAGGAAACUAUAGCCAACUUGAGGUCAAUGGAGAAGAAUCUGCUCCUGCUCCUGCUCCUGAAUCAUAAAUUUGAAAUACGUUUGUUAUUAUAAUUGCUCGAUUUUAAUUCACUGGUCUGGAGCUACACCAUGAAAGAUCAAAAGAUUGUAAUGGAGGAUUUUGUUGUCCAACACUACAAUGUGUUGUAUAUUAUGAGUUUAUGACUAUUCAUUCUAAUGAUAACAAGCUACC